AUGGCGCGGGUAAUUCAUGCAAGAAACAAAAGUUUUUUCGGACUUACAAUGCUGAUGGCGAGUUACAAACACUUGAUGGUGGUUGUGUUGUGGACCCAUAUACAUGGUGAUGUUGAUCCUUUUUGUGUUGUACGAACCAACUAUGAACUAUUCAGUGUAUUUUGCAAGUAUACGUUUUAUGAUACACCAAGUCUGAAAGAUGUAGCACUAGUCCUCACUUUGGAAAUAGUAGUGAUCAAAUCAUUAAUACAACUUCAAAUGAAGUACUCUUACUUAUCAAUGACUAAAGUUGUUGGCUGUACGACCGUAAUCCGUGAAGGCCCUUGGUAUUCUGGUCGUCAUAUGUCUCACUUUUGA